AUGCUAAAUAGUGGAAUAUGUAAAAUGCCAAGAAUUAGAGAAGAAGUUGCUAAGUUAUUUGAUAGACAAACAUUUUCUGAUAAGAAGUUUAAUCCACUUAAUGCUGUUGCAAAAGGGGCAGCAUAUUUAGCAUACUUAAGACAAAUUGAAUGUGUUAGUCAUAAAGUUAUAUAUGAUAUUGUUCCAACACCAAUUGGAAUAGAGGUAGAAGGGGGAAAAUUUGAAAUACUUAUUGAAGAUGGAGAAACACUUCCUACAAAGGGAAUAACAAAAAGAUAUUACACAAUCUACGAUAAUCAAACAACAAUAGAAUUUAAUAUUUAUAAAGGAUUUGGUAAAUAUGUUAAUUCAUAUGAAAUGGAAUACAUUACUACACUCCGUAUUGAUGGAAUUCCUAACGGAAAAGCUGGAGAACAAACAAUUGACUUUACAAUUAAAGUUAAUCAAAAUGGAAUGAUGGAAUUAAGUGCUUCUGUUGUUGGAAGUGAUGUUAAAGGAGAUUUAAUUGUUAGUAUUGAUUUAUCUAAAGAAAAUGAUGAAAUUACAAAAUUAAUAAAACAUUUUCAAACAUUUUAUUAA